GCCUGCCCCCUCAACCCGACGAAGCUUAGCUGCAGCGCACAAACCUUUCGCGACCAAAUUCCCCACCCCUUCCCUACCCUGCCCCCGAUCAAUCCACGCUAGGGUUUCCUCUCGGCUCUCGCCUCCCGCGAUGCCGAAGAACAAGGGGAAGGGAGGCAAGAACCGGAAGCGGGGCAAGAACGAGGCGGACGACGAGAAGCGGGAGCUGGUGUUCAAGGAGGACGGGCAGGAGUACGCGCAGGUGACGCGGAUGCUGGGCAACGGCCGCUGCGAGGCGCUCUGCAUCGACGGCACCAAGCGCCUCUGCCACAUCCGGGGCAAGAUGCACAAGAAGGUGUGGAUCGCGGCGGGGGACAUCGUCCUCGUCGGCCUCCGCGACUACCAGGACGACAAGGCCGACGUCAUCCUCAAGUACAUGAACGACGAGGCCCGACUGCUCAAGGCCUACGGCGAGAUCCCCGACAACGUCAGGCUCAACGAGGGCGUCGUCGACGAGGAGGACACCGGCGCGCAGGACGACUACAUACAGUUCGAGGACGAGGACAUCGACAAGAUCUGACCGAUGGUGCCGGCCGUGGCAAUCGAUCGGUACGCAACCAACCAAACCAACAGUGACUGCUACUCUGUUUCUGUUGCCGUGAUAAUUAUGCUAUUCUUGGCCUUUCGACGGACCUGAAAGGAUACUUGCGACGGCAGCCGUUGUUGCUGUGAAUUAUGUUGUGUGACACGGGCGGUCAGUCCUCCUCUGUCCUCUGUGCAAGGAUUUGGGGACUGCUCUGCCCAAUAAUCACUGGGGAGUCCAUAUGGUGAUAUGACAAGUAUGGAAUUGAAUCAGAUUCCUCUCUCUUUGUAAUAUAUUGGGUUUGAUGAUCUCCUUGUCUCUUGUGUUCAUCUCAUUCAUGCUGUUCUCUUUAUUGAAGUAACCGGGUUGCUCAA